CAAUUCGGAUGUGACGACGGUAUCCCUGACGUGUCCCUUGCUUCUGACUUUAAUCGGUGGCUCUAGAUUGUUCGGCCCGUCACGCGAUGUUGGACUUCUUCACCAUCUUCAGCAAGGGCGGCAUUGUGCUCUGGUGUUUCCAGGGGGUGAGCAGCCCCUUCAGCGGCACAGUCAAUGCGCUUAUCCGCAGCGUCAUCCUCCAGGAGAGGGGAGGAAGCAACUCAUUCACGCAUGAAGCCCUCACUCUUAAAUACAAGCUGGACAAUGAAUUUGAAUUGUUAUUUGUGGUGGGCUACCAAAAAAUCCUGACGUUAACCUAUAUAGACAAGUUUAUUGAUGAUAUCCACAUGUUAUUUCGGGAUAAAUACAGAAACCAAUUACAGCAGCGAGGGGUGCUUGGCCUCCUUAGUGGUUCUUUUGAUUUCUUGGAUGACUUCAAAGGCCUACUGAGGGCUGCUGAGGAACGCACCAGAGGAAAAGCACCAUCUGUCAUGAAAACGUUUGAACAAUCUGAUAAAUCAAAGAAAACUGUGAAAUCAAUGAUAGAAACUCGAGGUGAAAAAGGGAAGGAGAGCAAGAAAAACAAGAAAGAAGCCCCUGUACCUGAGGCACCUCCAGCAGAAAAGAAACCUACGGUCCCGUUAAAGACUCCUGUAACCUUGGCUGUAGGUGAUGCUAACCAAAAUGGUUUGACUCAGGAAGAAAUCAUCCAGAGGAAUAGGGAGGAAUUUUUCCGUAAAAAACUGGGGAGAGAGAAAAAAGAAAACAGCAGCAAGUCUCCCAAAACAAGUAAACUGAAAGUUCGUCGUGUCUGGCCUCUGGAUUCUAAUAAUGCUAACUCCAAAGAGCUGGAUUACAGUGAGAAACUUUUGAAUGGUCAGUCCAAUACUGUCGCCAACAGUGGAGAUGACGCCAGUGUAGAUGUGAGCAUUUAUCGUGGGUCAAUGGCAGGAGAUCUGAAAACUGUAGAUUAUGAUAGUUGUGAUGAGGAGGAAGAGGAGGAUGAAGCAGAAGUACAAGAGAUUUCUGAUACCAGUGUGAAGAAAGGUGGAAUUGGUGGCAUGUUUGGAAUGUUGAAGGGUCUUGUUGGAUCUAAAAGCCUUACCCCAGAACUGAUGGCUCCUGUACUUGACAAGAUGAAGGAUCACCUAAUUGCUAAGAAUGUUGCUGCAGAUAUUGCUCUUCAGCUAUGUGAAUCAGUGGCAAAAAAAUUGGAGGGAAAAAUCAUGGGAACUUUUAGCACGGUGACCUCAACAGUGAAGCAGGCCUUGCAAGAUUCCCUGGUCCAGAUUCUGCAGCCCAAGAGACGUGUUGAUAUCCUGCGAGAUGUUUUAGAAGCUCAAAAACAAAGGCGUCCAUUUGUCAUUGCUUUUUGUGGAGUAAAUGGAGUUGGAAAAUCUACCAACCUCGCCAAGAUCAGCUUCUGGCUGAUGGAAAAUGGAUUUCAGGUUCUUAUUGCUGCUUGUGACACUUUCCGUGCUGGAGCUGUAGAGCAGCUCAGAACUCACACUCGCCGCCUGAUUGCCCUACACCCUCCAGAGGAACACAAUGGUCAAAGCAUGGUCCAGCUAUUUGAGAGAGGUUAUGGGAAGGAUGCUGCUGGCAUUGCAAUGGAGGCUAUUGCAUUUGCUCGAAAUCAGAGCUUUGAUGUGGUUCUGAUAGAUACUGCGGGUCGUAUGCAGGACAAUACUCCCUUAAUGACAGCUCUUGCCAAACUCAUUGCCAUUAAUAUGCCAGAUCUGGUAUUAUUUGUCGGUGAGGCAUUGGUAGGAAAUGAGGCGGUGGAUCAGUUGGUAAAAUUUAACCAGGCUCUAGCUGACCAUUCGAUGGCUGAAAAACCGCGGCUGAUUGAUGGCAUUGUACUGACCAAAUUUGAUACCAUUGAUGAUAAGGUUGGUGCUGCCAUUUCAAUGACUUACAUCACUGGUCAACCAAUAGUCUUUGUUGGAACAGGACAGACCUACAAUGACUUGCGUAGCCUUAAUGCCAAGGCUGUUGUCAGUGCUCUGAUGAAGGCUUAACUAUCUGCUUUACAACUCUCUUAAUGCACCACAGUGCCACCAAACCCUCCAACUUCAGCUUGUCACUUACUUUCUGUGCAUAAUGGAGGAUUAUUGAAUUAUUAUUAAGUGGCAUACCUGUUAAUGUCGCAACUUCUCCAGCAUUGUUCAGUCUGCUGCAUAACCUUCCCCAAUUUUUAAAAAAAUAAGAACGUAGAGGAUAUCAUCGCCUCAUCACUCAAGGAAAGAGAUCCACUGCUAUUCCCUUUUUUUUUAAAAAGCUGUCUUUAACUCUUAGUGCAAUAAACUUGAGUAUUGGCUGACUAUGAAUUACAGAGAAAUUGUAAAGAGAAUUUAUUAAAUAAAGCUGCUAUAAUUGUU